UAUAAAUGAAAAUAAAUGACAAUAAAUGCUAACGAAUGAAUCCUGUGCCUCCGCGUAUUAAAAUAACUUUUCAAUUAUUCUUCUUCGAAUAUAGGCACGUAUUAUGAAACUGUUCGGAAUAAAUUCCGAUCGGAAACAUUCAAUUAUUUUCUUUUGUAUUUUAUAGAAAAUAUUUCAACAAUUUCUAUCGGAAUCGAUAAUUCCGGACGAGUCAAUAAUACGUAAUAAUUCCAUGAUCACGUAUUCGAUUCGUGCCGAUCUUUCGAUUUCACGAACCCAAUGUUAUUUGUCACUCUUCGUAUCCCAAGGAUAAGCAUGAAGUGCAUUCUGUCCGCCUUCGGACGUGUCAUCGCGCGGGGUAUCCGGCGUAAAAUUGAUCGCGCUUUCGUGACAGCUCGAAGUCGUCGACUGUCUCGCGCGAGCGAGCGCUCGGUCGUCUCGCUGUCAGACCAACAAGACUACGAAAUUGAAACUCUUCGCCGGCCAGCUGAAAAUCUCGCGGAGACCCCUUCGCAAAUCCAGCCGUCACCGAUCGCGUCGUAUCACCGUGAAAAAGUGCCGGAACGAUGCUGAACGAAGCGGUCGCGAUAAAUCCCUCAGGUUGUGCCGCACCGAUGCCCGUAAUACGGCAGCUCGGGAAUAUCGCGCGGUCACGUGAAAUUUUUAUUUACACUCGCAUAUUCGCGUGCGCAGUGACGUGAAAUAGCGCAUCGUUGCAUUAUUUGAUUCUAAAACGCCGGCGGAAAAGUUCGGAGAGCUCAAAGGCUAUCGUUUUUGGCAUGGUCUCUUUGUGACUGUUACCAAGAGAGUUUUGCCAAAUUUCCACGUUUUACUAUGUUACGUAUCGAUUUUUCUGCAUUUAAUCGAGAAUUUUAUAUUCUCCCAUAAAUUUUCGCUUCCAUUUCCAAAUUUCCGCUGUAAGAGAUUUUCGCGUUUGGAACAACGGGCAAUUGUGCAAUUCGUUAAAAUCGAUAUUCACGUUAACGGAUAAUUUAAUAUCGUAUCACUUUCUGGAAUUAAUAAAUAAAUAAAUUAUAUACCGAUUCGACGACACGCGUGGUUUCAUCUUGCAGAAUUUUAACGCUGGAUAUUGUAUGUAGGUUAUAAGAUUAAAAUCAAAUUGCAAUGUCGGCCAUCGUGGCAUAAUUCAUAGCGUGCUCUUCUCGUGUCGCACUUUGUAUUUACUUUUUUGCAUCUUUCCUUUGUGUAUUUCCCGACAUGUGUUACGUUUAAAACGAAAUGGGAGCUCGUGUCUUCGCUAGCUGGAGGAAGAAAAGCAGAGAAAGAUAAGAAUGCAAAAAAUAAAAAUGCACCUAAGGGAGUAGAAAAUUGCUUAAUUUUCAAGAGCACGACUGCAUAAAAUUUAUAUGUGCUCUCUCGAUCUAAGUGAACUUUCAAUUAUAAACCGUGUCCUCAUUCGUUCGUCUCCGCUAUCCGACUGUAUAUCUACGAGCCUUGAAUAUUUUUUUUCGAUCGCUUUAACCAUAUCCUCUUGCACCGUCUCCGUGUUUAUAGAAAAAGCGGAGGAAUGUCCGCCGUCCAACUGUUCGAGAAAGUCCGCGACGUCGAGCACCGGAAAUAAAAAUCACAAAAGUAGAAUUCCGACGACCCAGCUUGGGCGAAGUGCCAUGCAAGGCGAUUCGUCAAGUCAUCAGUUACCGUGCGAGGAAUCGUCCAACGAGAAUAGCUCGAAUAACAACUCCGCUCGCCGGUCAACCAUGAAGACUUCGAGCACACCGCCGACUAACAAAAAACCAGCCGCCGUGACCACCGCUGAUAAACGCCAGCUGGAGGUCCAAUUUAGCAGUAGGAAGACGCGAUACGCGAUGCUGAGGAAGGCGCUGGCCGACAAGGAAAAAACAGCGCAGGACCUGUACAAGGAGAUGUCGAGCCUGCGGGAGAAGAUAAUCGCGGCCGGCGGCAAGGAUCCCGGCAAGAUCGAGGAGCCGAGAUCGCCUCUAGUGGACGGUCUCAAGCAAAAAUCGCCGGGCGAGUGGGGCUCGUCGAACGAUUUGGUCGAGAAGCGAUUACCGGCGAUCAGCGUGGACGAGUCGGCGAUAAUCGGAGUGUCAUUGCUGCAGAAUCAGCUGCAGGACCUCUGCGAUCAUUCUCGAGAGCUGUGUCAGCGCGCGCUGGACAGCAGCUCGUCGUUCGCGUCCCUCGUCAAAUCCUGGCUGACAGAAUCGAGCCAGUCCGAGGCGGGCAACGCGCCGCUCGACACGGAGGUGGAGGCGCAGCUGGCGAUCUUCGGACGGGACAACGAGGAUAUGAGGACGCGGUUGAACGAGCUGGCAGCGAUCCAGAAAGACCUCGUCGCCGAGCUCGCGAAGAGAUCCUCGAGCCUGACCGGCGAAUACGAGAAUGAUCGCGCGAACGAGCCGCCGGGCGGCGAUCGCAAGGACCUGCGGGAACAGCUGAACGCCGCUCUGGAGGAGCUCAAGACGGAGCGUGACAGGGCGAAUCACGGGAAGGAGAAGGCGAGGAUGACGGAGCUGCAGAUGCAGAAGGCGCGGGCGAAGGUUCGCGAGCUGGAGGGCCACGUGGUGAACGAGGAGGCGAAGCUGCAGCAACUGCAGAGCAGCGUCAAGUCGCUGGAGGCCCAGCUGAAGCAGAAGGAUCAGGCGAUGGAGCAGAGGAUGAAGGACAUGCACAAGGCGAUGAAGAGCAGCGAGAGCCUGGUGUCGAAGAUAGAGAAGCAGCGCGACACACUCGAGACACGGAUGUUGGAGCUCAAAGAACAGAUGGUCAGCAAGGAAGCCGAGGCGAACGCUACCAUCAAGGAAUUGUCAGACAGAUUCGGGACGAUCGACGCGGAGAUCAACGAGGAGAGGGAGAAGAGGCAAGAAGCCGAGAACGCUCUGGCCGAGGUGGAAGAACGUUGUAAACAUCUCGAGGAGAAGAGCCAGCUGCUCUGCGAGCUCGCGAGCGAAAAGAGCAACAAUCUAGUUGUGGCAGAUAACAAACACACGGAGAACGAGAUGCAUCUGUACAACGAUCUGCAGGCGACCCGGGCCGAGCUGGAGAAGGAGCGACGGAAGACCAAGCAGCUGGAGACGGAAAAGCAAGAGAUCGUCGCGGUGAUGCAUCGGGCGGCCAGCCGCGAUGACGAAAAUGAGACGAAGGAUAAGCUGGCCGCCGAACUCGCGGCCAAGACCGAGGAGCUCCAGAACCUGAUGCUGGAGAACUGUUACCUCCGGGAAGAGGUCGAAUUCGCGAAAAGGAAGAGAGAUGGGCUGGAGAAGCAGUUGUCUGAAAUUCAGCACCACCUCCAUGCGAAAUCAAAGGAGGGCAGUAAGACGGGACUCGACGCGAUUGGCUUGCAACAGCAAGUCAGCGACCUGCGGAACAGCCUGGCCCAAGUCAUACAACAGAAUCAGGAGCUGGAGACCACCCUGACACAGAAACAGCUGGAAUUGGAGCAACGCGAUCGCGUGAUGCGGGAGCAGAGCAAGUUCCUCAAGGCCCGAGACGAGUUGUUGACUGUCCUCAAGAAGAAGCAGCAGACCAGCGUAGAUAAUCCCUCUAAUGAGAGCUACGAAGACAUGGACGAGAUCAACAAACAGGUCGCGGCGAAGACGGAGGCGAUCCAAGAGCUGUACGCCACGCUAGAGGGUAAGCAGAUGCAGGUGAUGCGGCUGGAGAAGCUGGUGAAGCUACUGGAGGACCAGCAGGACCGGGCGCAGGCGCAACGCACGCGACUCGAGCACCGCAUCGCUCAGCUGGAGAUGAGCCUACGGGACAAGACGAAGAACGGCAACUGGUAUGUCUCCAGCGAGUACAACUCUGGUAAAUCCGAUCGAACGAAUAGAACCUUGGGCAUCCUGUAA